AACUGGCAGCCGGAUGGGACUCUGGUUAUUAAACUGAGCCUUUUUGAAUUGGUCCGGAACAAUAUCGGGGUCGUUUCAAGCUCCCGCCGGGUGAACACCGAGCGCCGACUUUGAAAAAAAAAAAAAAAACUCUGGGGGAAGGGCCUGUGCAUUAUGGAGAAAAUGAGCUACUUCUCCCCCCUGCUCUUCAUGUGCUUGGAUGUGUGUGUGGUACACGCCAUCAGCUUGGCCCAGCUCUCGCCCAUCCUCAUCUCCCGUCCAUUCCUCGCCCUGUGGGGAUCAGGGGCGGUCCGGGCCUGUCUCCUCAUCUCCUUCACCCUCAAAUACCCUGAAAGCCUGCCGGGGAUGAGCAGCUUCGAGGGCCUCCAAAGCUUAGGGGUCCUUUGCUUCCACUUCCCCGUGUACACCACUCUGCUGUGGAUGCUGGGGCUGUCCGCCAUGGAGGAACUGUGGGGGUGGCACUCGUGGGAAAGGGUGUUGCAGGGUUAUGCUGUGACAGUGGUGGCUUGGCUGUACUGGAGUCGGUACGUGUCAUCUCUUCUGGUCUCCUCGGGUCAAUACAUCUUGUCUCUGUACACAAAGACGCCUUCUAAGAAUGAGAAGCCCAAACAGGACACCGUAGCAUCUCUGAAGAAACUGAUGGGAUUCAUGCUGCCCUAUCGCUGGCGCUUUGUUGUUGUGCUGUUUCUUGUGGUCCUUUCCAGUUAUGGCGAGAUGGCUAUUCCUCAGUACAGUGGCCGUGUGACCGACUGGAUCAUUAAUGAAGAAGCGCCAGAUGCAUUCACAGAGGCCAUCACAAUCAUGACACUAAUGACCAUUGCCAGUGCUGUCCUUGAGUUUGUAGGUGACCUCAUGUACAAUUUCACCAUGAGCCACAUACACAACUCAGUGCAGGGAGUCGUCUUCCAGGCUGUGCUGAAACAGGAGAUUGCUUUCUUUGAUGCCAAUCCUACAGGUGUACUGGUGUCCCGCAUCACCACGGAUACCAACGAUAUGAGCGAGGCGCUCAGUGAGAAACUCAGCCUCGUGAUGUGGUACACGGCACGCUUCGGCUUCCUCCUCUGCUUCAUGGUGAGACAGUCCUGGAAAAUGACCUUGCUCACUUGCAUGGGACUGCCGAUCGUCUGGGUCAUACCCAAACUUACAGGACAUUUCCACCAGACUAUUGCUGUAAAGGUGCAGGAGUCACUGGCUAAGGCCAACCAGGUGGCCACAGAGACCUUCUCCUGCAUUAAGACAGUGAGGAGUUUUGCCAAUGAGGACGGUGAGACAGAGCGGUACAGGCGGCACCUGGAGGAAACUUACGCCCUAAACAAAAAGGAAGCACUUGCCUAUGCAGCCUCUACGUGGGCCAACAGCAUGACCACGUUGACCCUGAAGGUGUGUAUUCUGUACUAUGGAGGGAAUCUGGUGACCAGGGGGACCGUCAGCAGUGGAGACUUAGUGUCAUUCGUCCUUUUUGAGCUACAGUUUGCCUCCGCAGUUGAGGCUGUCAUGCAUUAUUACCCAGCGGUGAAGAAGGCGAUUGGUGGCUCUGAAAAGAUAUUUGAGUAUUUGGAUCGGAAACCUCUUGUUCCUCAAGAGGGCACUUUGGCGCCCUCAAAUAUUGAGGGACACAUUCAAUUCAAAAAUGUUAGAUUUUCAUAUUCUGGCAAAACGGACGAAAAGGAUAUUGUGCUCAAGGAUGUGUGUCUGGAGGUAAAGCCAGGCCAAGUCACUGCGCUUGUUGGGCUUAACAGAUCAGGGAAGUCCACCUGUGUCAAGCUGCUAGAUAGGCUUUACCAACCCCAAGCAGGGGAGAUCCUACUGGAUGGGAACUCUCUGCAGAGCUAUACAGACCAGUGGCUACAUGACAAGAUCGCCGUCGUGAGCCAGGAUUGUGUGCUGUUCGCUCGCUCUGUGCGGGAAAACAUCAAGUACGGCUGCAGGGAUGCGUCUGAUGAGGAGAUGUUCAAUGCCGCCAAGCUGGCCAGCGCACACAAGUUCAUCCUGGGGCUGCCAAAUCAAUAUGACACAGAUGCCGGGGAGAAGGGAGGCCAGGUGGCCGGAGGCCAGAAGCAGCGCAUUGCCAUUGCUAGAGCUUUAAUCAGACGUCCCAGAAUUCUGAUACUGGACAACGCCACCAGUGACUUGGACACAGAGAAUGAAUACCAGGUCCACCAAGCCUUGUUGAACCAAACCAACAACUGCACCGUGCUGCUGAUUUCCAACAAGAUGAGCGUUGUGGAAAAGGCCGAUCAUAUAGUCGUCCUCAGCGAAGGGGUGGUAAAGGAGGAGGGCAGUCACGGCGAGCUGCUCCAGAGAGACGGCCUCUAUGCUGAACUGGUGAAAAAGCACAAUAUGAGCUUUCAGCGUAAAGAAGAGCAGGGUGAAGAUGCCCAGUGAUAUCUUUGGGUCGCCCUCGAGCUAGAGAAGUCGAGUUAGAGGAGGUUUGCUGAACUAUAGUCGGGACUUAAAGGGUCAAAACUCCAGAUAUAAUUCACCUUUGUUGUUAAACUACACUUUAAACUCCCAAGUAUAUGUAGAGUUUUGUCCCUUUAGUUCGACUUCCAUUCUACGUGCACCUUGAAAGUAGGUGAAGUUGUACCAGAAAUAAUAACUUUUGAAGUCUAGACUGACAUUGGUAUGAUCCUUCAAUCUGCAGCCCCUGAGUUAGGCGUCUAAGCUCCAUCUGCUCCAGCAAGAAAGCUCCAACUUGGACAGAGCAAUAUGGGAAAAAUGCUGAAAGGGAGGUCUGUUUCUAGCGAUUAAAUACAUGAUGCAAAAAUGAUGAGCUUUGAAGUCCCAAAGCAGUCCUCCUCGUGGAUUCGCUAUAUUUCUCACAAAUAAUCUGAUUAAUACCAUUAUCAUAUCUCCCCUGGUCUAGAUUUCGUUGAGUGUGAAAGGUAAUCAACUUAAAUAUAUGCAUUUAUCCAUAGCACUUUCCAAUUUCACUUCAGUUAACACGCCCUCUAAAGUUGGGGAGCUACCACACGAGGUGCUGGUCUCACCAUCUGUAUUUCGGGUUGCCGUUUCUGGCCCAAGGACACGCUGACCUAUUGACAAGAGGAGCUGAGAAUUGAACCACCAAUCCUGCUCUUGGUGGGCAACCCGCAUUAUGUACUGUGUAGAAGAUUCAUUUAUGAUUAUUAUGCAUUCUAUUUUACUUUAUGUGCAUUGUAAAUGUAGAAUAGAAAAAUCGGAGAAAUUGUUUAUAUUUCAAAUUGCAAUAUUUAAUAUUUAGUGUUUCUAAAUGUUAUGGCUUUAUAUUUUGUAUAUUUGUCGAGUGUUUCAUCUCUGCCAUACUUUUCACUGUAUUGAUCACUCUUUUAUCAUUUAAAUAAAU